AUGGAUACAAAGAAAGAUUAUCCAGUUUCUUUAGUUUCUCUUGGUUCUUUAAAAGAAUACUUGCAUUUUGGUGAUUUUUCUCAAUAUUGGUGGGAAACCAGACAAACUGAUAAUAAUUUUGCUUUAUAUCCUAUUAGAAUAAACAUGAAAACUUUAGUUAUUCUUAAUAAAACACAAUUUUUUGUUACUGUCAUUGAAGGUAAUAAAGACUGUUUAAAUAAGCCAGGUUAUAUGUGUGAAGCAAAUGGUUUAGCAAGUGAUGUUUUUGAUAAUUCUUCAGCAGCUAUAAAUUCAUUAUAUAAACAGUUGUUUACUUCUCAAGCAAAAUAUUCUGGUCCUCUUAUUACUGGGCACAAUAAGCCAGAAAUUAAUAAACAAUUGUUAACAGAAGAUAUAACAUUUCAUCCAUUCAAUUGUAUCUAUGAUAAAUUUACAAUAUUUAUUUAUGGAAUUGGUGCAUCUUCAGAUGAUGAAUUAUAUUAUGCAGGCCCAGGGUUUAAAUCAUCUUUUAUUUGCAAAAUAGGGUCUAAGAAAAAAAGUACUUUAUUUGUACAAGAUAUAAAAAAUAAUAAUUCCACAGUAAAAAUUUAUCAAGAUAAUAAUUUGAUGUCUACACAUGUUGGUAGUGAUCCAAAUGAUGUAUGGGAAAAGAUUGGAUAUUUAAAAAAUUAUAAAGGCAUUGACUUGUUUGGCAUCAAUCAACCCCAAGUUCAAUCCUUUAUUCAAACAAUGCAUAUACCUAAAUGCUUACCUGAAGAAUGGAAUAAUGUUAAUAAAAUGGAAACUUUGUGGAAUUAUCAUCUACGAAAAUGUACAUUGGCUUCAGUGCAAUGGAGUGAAUUUUUCAUUAAAUGGCAAAGUGAAAAAAAUUCUUCAGGAUUUUUGAGUCCACAUCCACUACCUAAACAGGAUGCUAAUGAUGGAGAAGUUUUUUGGGAUUGUUUUCAUCAAUCAUUACAAGCCAAUAAAAAAGGAUAUAAUGGGAAAAAAAGAAUCCUUUCUAUAAUAGCAGAAAAAUUUUCUUAUAAAACUUUGAUGGGUAAAUUAGGG